AUGGGUUCCCCCAAAGCUUGCUUGGGGGUCUCAGGCACCCUCACGGGCACCUUCGAGCCUUUUCCCUGGAGUCCGCUGGCUGUCGGCGCAGCGCUUGGGCUGCUGAUCUCCGUUGCCACGGCAACACCGGCCCUUGCCACGGAUCUGGAGAAGAGCCAGGCAUCCUUCCAGGCCAACUGCACUGCCUGCCAUGUCGGCGGUUUGCUAGGCUUGCAGAAGAAGGAAUCCCUCGUCGAAUACCGAAAGUACGACGUCGAGGCCAUCAUCACCCGGGUGUCCGACGACAGGGGUACAACUCCGGCGGUCCGGGAGAAGAUGCGGCCCGACAACUUCGAGGACGUGGCGAACUAUGUCUACAGCAAAGCUGACAAGUGGUGA